AUGCAAUGGGUCGUUGGACAAUGGGAGGCUCUUGGACGACAGGGAGAGCUUGGGGUGAAGACGAUGAACAGGCAAGGAAUGCCGACGAUCAAUGACCUGGCUACCCCCACCACGACAGCACCACGUACAACUACAAUGAUGCACCCAAGGAUGGAUCACAACCUGCACCAGCUGACACCAUCGGGGAGCAGAUCAGCAUCACCCUACGAUGUCUUCAUCACCAUGCCACUAACAUUCCUCAUGGAAUGCGAUGGCCAUCGACUCUAUGUUCAUUGCACAGGCACGGGUGACUUCGCCACCUUCCAUGCCUUCGUAUUCACUUGGGACAAUCAGAAGGUCACUUGGCACCUCUACUCGGAAGACUCACCUCAUCGCGUCUUCAGUCAAUGGGUCACUCUUCUCUAUCCACCACCCAUUCCAGGCAUGCACGAUUGUGUUCAUUUCGCAGGCAAGGAAGAAGGCGUUGAACAAUACGAGGUCAAACUAUUCAGGACAUUCUCCGAUCAAGUCCACUGUGGAGACACCAAGACACCUUGUGAGUUUAUGCCAGUCAUCUUUCAACCCCUCGUUGCCAUGAUCGAGUGGCCUGGAUGGCUUACCGAUGGUGUCGAAGCACUGAAGGCAGUCCUCUAUGAAGACGGAUCCAUCUCGCAUUGGGCACCCACCGAGUUCUAUCCUCAGCCCCAAGAGGAUCUCGACGAUGGCUGGGAGGUCAUACCCCACACCACCAUCCCAGUCUAUGACUAUGUAGGUGUCCGCGGAGGACGAUGA